GGAGGCUCGCAGGCGGGAGUUGAUGUGCGCGAGUGCUUGUGGGUGCUCGUGGAGAGUCUGUUGCUGCGCUGAGAGAGACGGGAGCUGGUGACGGGGCUUUGUUUGGAUCAUUUGAAUUAAAAGUUUUCUUUAUUUAAGUAUUAAAGAGACAUGAUUGAGCCCAAGAAAAGGAAAGGCCCCGGGCCCAACGAGAUGGCCCUGGUUCCGGCCUUGAAGAAACCGCGCAGUGAGAUGGCGGCUCCGGGACAGCAGCAGCUCAUGCCGAUGGGCCCCCCCAGGAGCUCCAGUUUGCAGGCACCGAUCAUGCUUCUCUGUGGACACGAGGGAGAAGUUCACUGCUGCAAGUUUCAUCCCAAUGGUGCUACCCUGGCAUCAGCUGGAUUCGACAGACUCAUCUUGAUGUGGAAUGUCUAUGGUGACUGUGAUAACUUCGCCACACUCAAGGGCCACAGCGGGGCUGUCAUGGAGUUGCAUUACAAUACAGAUGGCAGCUUGCUGUUCUCAGCUUCCACAGAUAAGACGGUGGGGGUGUGGGACAGCGAGACGGGUGAGAGGAUGAAGAGGCUGAAGGGACACACAUCGUUCGUGAACUCCUGCUACCCGGCCAGGCGCGGCCCACAGGUCGUCUGCACAGGCAGCGACGACGGCACAGUUAAACUUUGGGAUAUCCGUAAGAAAGCUGCUGUGCACACGUUCCAGAACACCUACCAGGUCCUCUCCGUCACAUUCAACGACACCAGCGACCAGAUCAUAUCCGGAGGGAUUGACAAUGACAUCAAGGUGUGGGACCUGCGACAGAACAAGCUGAUUUACACGAUGCGCGGCCACGCUGACUCUCUGACUGGACUCAGCCUGAGCUCAGAGGGCUCCUACCUGCUCUCCAACUCCAUGGACAACACAGUUCGUAUCUGGGACGUACGCCCUUUUGCACCAAAAGAAAGGUGUCUGAAGAUAUUCCAAGGAAGCAUUCACAACUUUGAAAAGAACCUUCUAAGAUGUUCUUGGUCUCCAGAUGGGAGCAAAAUAGCAGCAGGGUCUGCAGACAGGUUUGUGUACGUGUGGGACACCACUUCCCGGAGGAUCCUCUACAAGCUGCCUGGUCACGCCGGCUCUGUGAACGAGGUCGCCUUCCACCCUGAGGAGCCUAUUGUUCUUUCAGGAUCCAGUGACAAAAGGCUGUACAUGGGAGAGAUCCAGUAGCGUGCCAUGGGGAAGGAUGGAUACUGUGAGAUCUUUCAGUUGCCCUAAAGAAUCUGAGGAAUGUCUCGCUCAGUAGCGGCACAUCCACUUGAAUUGCAGACUGCCUCGGAGUGCAAGAACAGCCAUUGGUUCUGUAUUCACUGUCAUUGGAAGCAGCUGGAAUAACCGGCUGAUCGCUCGCCUAAAAGGACCUCCUUUUUGGAACUGUCUUUUUGACCCCUGUCCUCCCUCUUUCCUAGAUAAUUGUGAUGGAAAGAAAAUGGUCAGUAAAAUAUGAUUGUCUGGCCAUGUGACCUGCCUGUGCAAGCUGGUCUCCUAUCCACGCAAAUGACAGGAAAUGUUUUUGAGUUUCUGUACUCAUGUCUGGGUUCUGUUUAAUUUGAAGCUUCCUUUUGUUUUUGGUGGGGGAGAAUGUUAGUCCAAUGCAUUUUCUUCCCUUUUUGUUUUUUUAAUAGUAGAAUGCAGAUCCUGUGCUAUUCGAUUCAAUUUCCAGACAUGGAAUGACCCAAGUUUUAGUUGAAACAUAUUUGUAUUAAAUAAGCUGAGGGCUUCUAACAGUAUAAUGUCUUUAUAGCACAGAAUAGAGGCUUCAUUAAUUUUAGUCUGUGCUUGCACACCAUCACUAUUCAUCUGCACCACUUCUUCUCUUGGGUCUAAACCGCUUCAAUCCCUUAAGAUUUCAUUUUAAAGCGCCACCCCCCCCCCAACCCUCUUUACCUCUUCCAUUCCCACUGCAGCCUAAUCUGUUGCUGACGAGGGAGAGAAUUUGGCUGGCGGAUGUCCGAGGUUGUGUCAAGCUAAAUAAAUGCCUGUUCAGUUUUUAGCUCUGAGGUCCAUUUCCAUACCUUAUUUCCUUUAUCAGAUGCUCCUGCCAUCACGCCUGCCAGAUUCCCUUCAUGUGCUGCAGGUAUUGGGACCCCUUCUGUUAAACCUCUGUCUCCGACUAGUUACACUCGUAACCCUUUGUAAUAUUUCAGGACUGGGUUGAGAUGUGGGGGUUCUUUUACAUGUUUCACAGGAAGGGAAUUUGAAUUGGUUUCUCCUCCUGAGCUGCAGUGGAAAUAGCAUAAAAAUACUAAAUGCUGUACAAAAACAAGGGACUUAAGAAUCUAAUGUGAUGAGUUAUUAUAUAUAUAUAAUGCUUUUGAUUACUAUCCGCUUAUCUGCGAGUGCUGAAAACUGUGAAGUUAGAUGAAUGCACUCCAACAUGUGGAGAACACGCACCAUGCAGAUCAGUGUUUUCCAAGCACACAUACAAGUGAUUACUCAACACCAAAUGAGUAGUGACAGUAUUUCUUGCAGAGGUCUGUUGGGAAAUGCACUUCAAUAGUAAUUGGGAGUGAAUCUGCUUACUGGGAGGAUGAAUGUUGAAGGAACGGUCCCCUGAUUCCUCCCCUCACACUGCAGGGUUAGUUUACAAAGGAUCUACAGUACGUAUGGGGUUUGAAAUGAAGCCUCUCUGUUUGCGGUGCCACUCUGCGCAAUAGCAAAAAAAAAAAAUUAAUGUCCAAGUCUGAGCAAAGGCACUCUGACUUUUAUAUUAACUAGAGAACUGUGCCAGUGGCCUGGGUUACAUUUUGUGUGAACCAAAACCUUUUUUUAUAUGUGAAAGAAUAAAUGGCAGUUUUUUUUUUCACCAAAA